UACAUUGAUUGCGCCAAGCAAGCCAAUGUUCCCGCUCGCUGUUUUCUUUUUGACGUUUCCUUUGAACAUGCUCUGCAUAAUAAUAAGGUCAGUGAAUAUCUUAGUAGGCCCUAUGUAUAUGAAUAGGCGGAAACUCUUGCUAUUACGGACAUUUACUUACGGUUAGGAGGGAGUUCUAAACAACGGGUGUUUACGGUGUCCUGCACUGAUAGAGAAUAUUGUUUUGCAUGAACAUGAACAAUCAUUGGGUGGCUUCUUAAGCGGGGACGGUUUCCUGAAUAUGCCACUAUUUCCAAGAGAUCUCAUUUAAAUAUACCGUCACUAUGCAGGAGUACACCUUUACCUUGGAAGCGGGAUGUAAGGUAUGCCCGUACAGAAAUUAAACAACAUAACGUAACUGACUGACUACUAUAAUUUAUCUUGUUCCCCCCAUACUAUUCCUCCUCAGGUAUGUGAUAAGUUUUGGGAUCAUUACACGUUUCUGGGAACUGCCCGCCCACCCCUUCCUUAAGCCAUCAUUAACACUUACUUCUCACUUAGGGCAAAAUGUUGGCUUAGGGGAGGGGUAGGUGGACAGUUUCCCAGAGAGGUAUAAUUUUGCAUUUAUACCUUUUCAUGUAAUAUGUCAUGAACGAUGGAUUCGUGCUUGAUCACGGGGUCCAAGCAUCGAGAAACAGAUAAAAGCAGAGGCCAGAGGCUGAGCGCUUUCGUCUUUUUCGAGGUGUUUGGAACCCGUGACGAAGCACGAAGUCCGAUUUUUUGACAUGUCAUCUCAAAUGAAACAAUAAAAAUGCAAAAGCAAGUGUUUGAUCUCAAGAAAAACAUGUUUCAUCGCAGAUGAAAAUCUGGUGGAGUUUUAUGGGCGUUAUUACCUUUACUUCAUUUACCGAACACAGAUGACGUAACACAAACGAACAAAAACCAUGAAACAAUGCCCAACAGAGCGUUAUCUGUGUCCCGUACAAGACGUUUUGACUGUCGGUUUUAUCUGGUGUUUCAUUAGGUAUCAAGAUUCAUCCACCUGACCCAAAUAGUCGUCAUUUCUUGGCUUUUGACUGCAUGAAUAAUUGACGAGUGUGAGAACUCUUAAGGAACCUUUUUUUUGUUGUCAUCUUUUAUAGAUUCGCGAAAUAACGAAUAAGGACAGCACGUAUAAGCAUGUUGGACACUUGGCGUUUGUGAAAUAUAAGUAA